AUGCGCGCUCUGGAUGCGACGACCAACGAGCCAUGGGGCCCUCACGGCCAGCUGCUCGUGGACCUCGCGCGGGCGUCGCACAACCCGUACGACCCGUUCCCCCACAGCGCCGCGGAUCUUGCAUUCACCUUUUUCUUUGGCCAGAUCGAGUACUCCAUGGUCAUGAACGUGCUGUGGAAGCGCUGCCAGGAUGUAGGCAAGGACUGGCGCCACGUGUACAAGGCGCUGGUGGUGAUGGAGUACCUGGUGGCGCAUGGCACCGAGCGCGUCGUCAGAGACCUCCGCGACCGCUCUGCCUUCAUCCAGGUGCCUUCUUUCCCCAUGCUCAGAUCUGUUAUUUCCCUCUCAUUCUUUUAUUCAGACCCCUCCUCUUCUGUGUCUCACCCGUCCCACUGUGGCCUGCGUGGUGGUCGCGUUCAGAGUCUCGCUGAUUUCCAGUACAUGGACAGCGCGGGCAAGGACCAGGGCCUCAACGUGCGCACCAAGGCGCAGGCGCUACUCGCCCUGCUGCGCGACUCCGCGCGCAUUGCUGAGCUCAGGGACCGUGCUGCUGCCACCCGCAACAGGUGUGUGCUGCUGCCACCCGCAACAGGUGUGUGCUGCUGCCACCCGCAACAGGUGUGUGCUGCUGCCACCCGCAACAGGUUCAAGGGCGCGUCAGCAGCAGGCACGGGGCGGGCGUCGAACCCAUAUGGUGACUACGAGCCUGAGAGGCAGUCCAGGGACUCGCACCCCACAGCCAGCUACGGCAGCAACAGCUACGCGGGCGACGGGCGGAGUGUGUACAGCACGGGGUCGGCGGAGAGGGUGCACGCCACUGACAGCGCGCACAGUGGCGAUGGCGAGAGGCCCAGCGGGUACACAGGCAAGCAGAGAUACGGGGAUGAGGAGGAGGUGGAGCACAGCAGCACGGGAGGGGGAGCGGCGAGGGCGAGUGGGCACGAGGGAGGGGGUGCGGCGGGCAGCAGGGUGGCGGGCAGCAGUGCUGGCGGGGAAGGUGUGGCAGGGGGGCAAGGGGGGAGGCGGUGGGGGGACGCCACAGAGUGCGCCCAGGCCUGCUGCGGUGCCCAGCACUGCAGCAGCCAGCGCCAGUCCUUGCUUUGCUGUUCACUCUGCUUCCUUUUCUUCCUCUGCCUGCCACCCUACUCUUCCUUUUUCUUCCUCUGCCUGCCACCCUACUCGUCCUUUUUCUUCCUCUGCCUGCCACCCUACUCUUCCUUUUUCUUCCUCUGCCUGCCACCCUACUCUUCCUUUUUCUUCCUCUGCCUGCCACCCUACUCUUCCUUUUACUUCCUCUGCCUGCCACCCUACUCGUCCUUUUUCUUCCUCUGCCUGCCACCCUACUCUUCCUUUUUCUUCCUCUGCCUGCCACCCUACUCUACCUUUUUCUUCCUCUGCCUGCCACCCUACUCUUCCUUUUUCUUCCUCUGCCUGCCACCCUACUCUUCCUUUUUCUUCCUCUGCCUGCCACCCUACUCUUCCUUUUUCUUCCUCUGCCUGCCACCCUACUCUUCCUUUUUCUUCCUCUGCCUGCCACCCUACUCUUCCUUUUUCUUCCUCUGCCUGCCACCCUACUCUUCCUUUUUCUUCCUCUGCCUGCCACCCUACUCUUCCUUUUUCUUCCUCUGCCUGCCACCCUACUCUUCCUUUUUCUUCCUCUGCCUGCCACGCUACUCUUCCGCAUCGCUCCGCCAGCCUCACCAGCCCCCACAGCAGCAGCAGCAACAGCAGCAGGCAGCGGUGGCGGCAUCUGGUUACGUAGACCCCGCCCAGCCUGCUGCGCCCGUGCCAGCUGCACCAUAUGCCUUCUCUGCCUCAGACGCUGCUCCCACCUCCGCCACUGCUCCCCCCAUAACACCGCCCAUCACCCCACUCCCCCUGCCUCCGUGCCUGCACCUGCUUCUGCUGCGCCCUCUGGUGCUGCCGGCAGUGAUAGCGGUGCAGCAGGAGCGGCAGCAAUGUGUGGAGAGGGCAAGGGCGCUUCCGCUCUCCCUUGCUCUGCCAUCCCACUCAACCCCCAUCUCCCUUCUCCCGUGCGCCACCCCCCGCCAACCCGCCUGCGUGGCGGCAUCAGAGCCGGAUGACCCGCUGAGCUCGGUGGGCGUGAUGCCCAAGUCGAAGCUCAGAUCGGCACGCGAGCGCAAGGAGGACGCCACCCGCCAGCAGCAGCAGCACGGGCAGGGGCAGGGCCAGCCGGGGGGUGUGCCCGCUGUCAUGGGCCGUGCCAUGGGUCCUGGUGCUGGUGCUGGUGCUGGUGCUGCUGGCAUGGGUAUGGGGGCAGGCAUGGGGGGCAUGGGAGGCAUGGGUGGUGGGAUGGUAAUGGGAGGAGGAAUGGGGGGGAUGGGAGGGAUGGGGGCUAUGGGUGGAAUGGGUGGUGGAAUGGGUGGGAUGGGAGGUGGUGCUGGUGGUUAUGGCAUGCGGUGGUGGGUACGGGGGAAUGGGGAUGGGCGGUGGAGGUAUGGGAGUGAUGGGUGGGGGCAUGGCAGCAAGUGUGGGUAUGGGAAUGGGGAGGUGGUGGAUAUCCAAAUCCUCAAGGUGGCUAUCCGACAGGUGCUGGUAACUACCAGCAACCUGGUUACCAGCAAGGCAAUUAUGGUGCUGCAAAUUAUCAAGGCGGAGGUUAUGGUUAUUGACUACAGUGUCCCCUCACUCGCUUCAGACAGAGGCCCAUGGUGCAUACGGUAUUUAAGGUGA